AAGCUGUGGCUCCUGCUGCCGGUGACAGAGGCGGCCGGGGUGGACUGGCCGGAUAGCGAACCCUGUUCCCAGAACAGCCCGAGGAGGCGGCCUAGAGGGUGGACAGACAGAGGGCAGGAAGGGCCAUCAUGCUCCCACUGCUGCACCCCGCCUUGCCGCUGCUCCUGGGCGCCACGCUGACCUUCCGGGCGCUCCGGCGCGCGCUGUGUCGCCUACCCCUGCCUGCGCACGUGCGCACCGACCCCCUGCGCACUUGGCGCUGGCACAACCUACUCGUCUCUUUCGCGCACUCUAUUGUGUCAGGGAUCUGGGCGCUGCUGUGUUUAUGGCAGACCCCGGAGAUGCUGGUGGAGAUUGAGACAGCAUGGUCACUUUCAGGCUAUUUGCUUGUUUGCUUCUCCGCAGGGUAUUUCAUCCAUGACACAGUAGAUAUCGUGGUUAGUCAUCAGGCUCGAGCUUCUUGGGAAUACCUUGUUCAUCAUGUUAUGGCCAUGGGUGCCUUCUUCUCAGGCAUCUUUUGGAGCAGCUUUGUAGGUGGGGGUGUUCUAACACUACUGGUGGAAGUCAGCAACAUCUUCCUCACCAUCCGCAUGAUGAUGAAGAUCAACAAUGCCCAGGAUCUUCUCCUCUACAGGGUCAACAAGUAUGUCAACUUGGUCAUGUACUUUCUCUUCCGCCUGGCGCCUCAGGCCUACCUCACCAGUUUCUUCCUGCAGUAUGCAGGUCAGAGGACCCUGGGAACCUUUCUAUUGGGCAUCCUGCUCAUGCUGGAUGUAAUGAUCCUCAUCUACUUUUCCCGCCUCCUCCGCUCUGACUUCUGCCCUGGACUGGUCCCUGGCCAGCAACACAAAGACAAAUUUUUGACUGAAUGAGGUGUAGAGCUUGAGACCUGUGACAAGGACAGCAAGCAAAAUCAAGGACAGAAGCAGCCUCUGCACUAAGUUUGGGGCCAACCUUUCCACCUCAAAUCGGCACCUGCACUAUUGAAAACACUAAUGAAAACACUCAUCUGAAGUCGUGUUUUCUUGGGCAAGGGGUGAGGGAAGCAGACAGACUGGUUGGACGUGUAGGUGGGUGUGAAGACUAGGCACUACCCCAGUUGCAGCCAACCCACAUUGCCCUGAAAUGGAUGCAACUCUUAUUAUUAUAAAAAUCCUCCUGUUCCCUGUGGUACUGGUUUCACACACAACCUUUCAGGGAUAAGAGUCUCAUUAAGUAGCCAAGACUGGCUUCAAAUUUUUCAUUCUCUCAAGGUGCUGGGAUUACAGGUAUAUUCUACCAUACCCAGCUAGUUUAUUUUCCUACCUGUAUGAGGAAAGGCAAAUUUUAGUUGGCCUAGGAUAUCUAAUCCUCAUCUAAACAAUACCCAAGCCCUUACCCUCAGGGGUUGUAACAAGUAUGGUGGCUUGAUAGGCCAAGGGUUCAGGGUAAGCAGAUUUAAAGAGACUUAGUUAAAUCAAAACUUGAAGACUUGUUACCUUGGUGUAUUUCACUAUCUGACCUUCCCCAGCCCAAACAAAAGACAAGAAGCAUAUAUAUGUUGGAAAAAACAAAGUAUAUUUAGAAUUAGACAGCUGGACUUUGUUUAGAUGAUCCCAAUCUGAAAAACAAAAGGGAGCUUUGUUACUGGAACUGAAAUGUCAUGUUUUUAAAAAGGAAAAAUGAGAGACCAGGAGGAUAGGGCUUAUGAAGGAUAGGGGUGCAGUCAGUUAUGACUAAUCAGCAAGUCAGGCUUUGGUCACUAACAGACACAUCACUUACACCCAGGGAGUGGGUAUUACAGAGUUUGUAGCAAAAGAAGCAAGCUUACUUUAUUGGCAACAUCCAAAGCAUCAUAAUCAGGAGCCAGUCGCACAUAUGCCUUUUUCUCUCCAUCAGGCCUGGGUGGAGAAGGAAGUCUUAGUCCUUGCUGAUCUCAUGUCCCUACCUCCCAACAUACCCUUUCUCCAUCCCCUAAUCCUCUGGUGCAUCAGUGGUUCCUUUGUUCAUGUCAUUCUUUUCCAAAUAGUGAAUUUUCCAUCAUUUGCACAGAGGGGUUAGAAAAGCCAAAAAAAAAAAAAAAAAAAAAAUAUAUAUAUAUAUUCCUUUUACUGGAAACACUACAUUCAAGACAUAAACCAGGUAAUCUGACAAACUGCUUUGUCUCCUCUACGAAUAGAUGUAGGGAUCCAGAAUUUGAUUAACCUCAUGAACAAUAUCUUAAGACAAUUUCCUCAGGUCUACACUCCAUAAAAAGGAUUAUAAUUAUAGCAGGGAGUUUGUACACUGUAAAACCAAUGUCUGACCUCCAUAGCUCCAGCCUCCUCCCUCCUAUUCCAUGGUCACCACUCACCUGAUCAGGGUGUUAACCUUGGCCACAUCAAUGUCAUAGAGCUUCUUUACAGCUUGUUUGAUCUGGUGUUUGUUUGCCUUGACAUCCACAAUAAACACAAGUGUGUUGUUGUCUUCAA